CUAUCUUGUGUCAACGCUUUUUGUUUCGGAACGACUGGUACAAUUUUGAUCCCAAAAGUAAGUGGCUGAUCAUUACGCCAUCUCUCUCUCUCUAAACUAAAAAUGGCAACGAGCAGAGCAAAGAUAACAUUUAGAGUAGUGAUAGGCAUUUUGGUACUAUCCCUACUUUACUACGUUGGGCGGCCUCUCUACUGGAAAAUCUCCGCCACUGUUCAUGAUAUUCGCCACAACAAACAAACCGUCUCCGGAGGAUUUUCACAAAUUGUUCAGGCAGCACAGAAUUCAGUGGGCUGGUUCCAUGAUGAGUCCGAUUCAGGAGUGCGUGACGGUGGCGUCGCGGCAGCAAGGAGGAUCCUUCUUCGUAAGGUUUCAUAAAACUUUGUAAUUUUUGAAAUUUUAUGUUGCAGAGACUGUCUUGAGUGGUUAAUGUAGAUCUGGUUGAAUAAACAGUGUUAUAGUUGUGGAGAUUUUUCAAACUUUGGAAAUGUUGGCAACUGUAGCUACAUUUUGUACUUCCAUAUCGAACAGUCGAAUUUUCUCUGUUUA